AUGUGCAAAUACGUCUUAAUUGCUGCACUGGCCGUAAUGUGUCUGCAGGUGCCCGCCGUCCAAGCCACGCUGCACGACCUGCACGAGGCCUUUGAUUUCUCGAACGUGGAUCUGGUAAACUUUCAGUACUUCAAGAACCUGGCCUCACAAGAUCCGCGCACUGCUGCCACCGCCAGUCCCCUUCUCGUGCACUUUCAGAAGAAGAAAGCCGUGCUGGACUACCUAGACCGCUUAUUCUUCGGCAACUCACCCUUCCAGCAGGCCAGCGAGAUCCCCUUCGACCCGCACUUUGGUCGCGCCUGGCGGCCACACUACGAGCGCAAGUUUGGUUUCCGCGGCGAACGCCUGAUAGCCGCCCUGGGCUCAGGCUACUCCGUACGGCAGUUGCGCCACUUUGGAGCUAUUCCCCAAGAGUUCGGCACGCCACACUAUCCCAGUUGAGCGUGCUACAUAGUGUUCAGAAUGGAGUUUCGGUU